UGUGUGUGUGUGUCUGUGUGUGUGUGUGUGUGUGUGUGUGUGUGUGUGUGUGUGUGUGUUGUGUAAAGACCGUGUUUCUUCCGCUAGAGGGCGCUAGCGCGGGUUCAUUAUUUUUUAUCAUUAGCACUCGGAAGUGGUGAUGUCAGUGCAGGCGUGAUGGUUUAGCGCAGCGGUCAGCCAUGGCCGAGCGUGGGAUGUUACGCUGGACGGUGCACCUGGAGGGCGGCCCACGGAGGGUCAAUCACGCGGCGGUGGCGGUCGGACACAAGGUGUACUCAUUUGGAGGUUACUGCUCUGGUGAAGACUACGAGACCUUGAGACAGAUCGACGUGCAUGUCUUCAACACAGUGUCUCUGCGGUGGACUAAGCUGCCGCCGGUGCGGACCGGAGGAAGAGAACAUGCUCGGGAAGUGCCCUACAUGCGCUACGGACACACGGCGGUGCUGGUGGACGAGACCAUCUACAUCUGGGGCGGCCGGAACGACACAGAGGGCGCGUGCAACGUACUGUAUGCCUUCGACGUCUCUCAGCACCGAUGGUUCACUCCUAAGAUCUCGGGGACGGUCCCCGGGGCCAGGGACGGUCACUCGGCCUGUGUUCUAGGAAAGGCCAUGUACAUCUUCGGUGGAUACGAGCAGCUGGCCGACUGUUUCUCCAAUGAGAUUCACAAGCUGGACACCAGCAGCAUGUGCUGGUCACUAGUGAGCGCCCGGGGCACGCCGGCUCGAUGGAGAGACUUCCACUCGGCUACCAUCAUCGGCACCAAGAUGUUCGUGUUUGGAGGAAGAGCGGAUCGAUUCGGCCCGUUCCACUCCAACAACGAGAUCUACUGCAAUAAAAUCAAGAUCUUCGACACAGAGACCAACUCCUGGCUAAACACACCGUCUGCACAGCUGCUGCCCGAGGGACGCCGGAGCCAUUCUGCCUUUGCCUACAAUGGAGAGCUGUAUAUAUUCGGUGGUUAUAACGCUCGUCUGGAUCGACACUUCAACGACCUCUGGAAGUUCAAUCCAGAGGCGUUCUCCUGGAAGAAGGUGGAGCCCAAGGGCAAGGGCCCGUGUCCCCGCCGCAGACAGUGCUGCUGUAUGGUGGGGGACCGCAUCAUCCUCUUCGGAGGAACCAGUCCGUGUCCGGAGCAGGGAAUGGGCGACGAGUUUAACCUCAUGGACCAUUCAGACCUGUACAUCCUGGACUUCAGUCCGAAUCUGAAGACUUUAUGCAAGCUAGCAGUUAUUCAGUACAGUCUGGACCAGUCAGGACUCCCUCAUGACAUCAGGUGGGAGCUGACCGCUAUGACCACUAACAGUAACAUCAGCCGGCCCAUCUUCUCGCCUCACGGCUGACAGCAGAACCUCUCCGGACUCCUGCUCCACAGAUGAUUGACUCUCACCCGUUUGGAUCUGGAUUGCAGUUUCUCGAUCAGAAAGGACGUUCCCCGUCGGGUUUUGCUGCUGUUGAACUUGAUUCCUGCUGAGGAGAAACGGACCUUCACAAUCUUAAAUCAGUCCAAUUAUUCAUCAGUGUUACGGUGUUUUAAUGAGGUUUUGGAGUGAAAUGAAGAUCAUGUAAUCUGUAAUCUGUCGUUUCUCUGCUUGUGUUCAGAUCGCUCCGUCGGGUUUAUAUGCAAGACUUUGGUUAUGGUUCCACACGUGCUCUUACAUAUCGAACGCAGAGACGAUCUUCAGAGAAGACUGGACUGGUUUUCUGUUUACCCACAGUACUUCAGACAAUAAAUCCUGACUCAACAAUCAGUAGAAACGGAGUUAUUCCCUCUGCAUGCACGCUGUCAGACUGUCUUAGAUCUCAAAGAGGUGGGAAAAAGCUAACAAUGUUGUAAAGUUUUCAGAAAAGGUUAGAAUGUUUUCUCCUUUACUCCGAAAGAUCAAGAGCGCUCAAAUAAACCGCCUCUGGUGUCCAGUUUCUCCAGAUUCACAUCUUUCUCUCGGUCGUCUUAAAACACAGAUCCGUUACUGCUGCUGCUUUAUAGUUCAUCUGAAUCUUUAGUGACCUGCAGAAUAUUGAUGUUGAGGUGAUCGGUUCUGAUGGUGCCAAAGCUGCAGGUGAAGUGGAUCAGUAUUCUUCUGGCUUUCAUUUGUGUCUCGUCCGGUGCCUAAACAACUUCUUCAGAGUCUUUUGGCUUUCAAAGGCUUCCGGUCUGGAUGGAUUUGAAGAGUUUUGUUAGAGAUUUUAUUCACUGUGUCUGAAUAUCUUGACAUUAAAUGGUCAGAGUGAAGACUGUGUUAGAAAAUCCAACCGUCCUUGUUUCCCUCGUCAUUAAGAAAGAAAGUCACUCGAAAUGGUCUCAAAAUUAAACCAGAUGAAGAUCAAGUGCAUUUUCAUCAUAAUCUGUAGCUAGAAAUAGUCAUUUAAUCGCAUUUUCAUGAUGCUUUCAACAAACACGUGCUCUGAUAGACGUGUUUUCUGUGCAGUGAAGGAGAGGAAGACACUAUUUAUGUUCUGAUUGGCCAAUUACUUCUCGAGCCUAAAUGCUGGGAGUCUUUUUUAAUCGUGUGAAGAAACGUCACUGAACCUCAGACGUGAUUCUUGACUGGUGGAGGACUCUUUUUCCACGAGUUAUGACUCGAUUAAUGUUAUAAACGGGUUUUUAGUGGGAUUUUGAAUUUCCUAACCAAUAAAACUGAUGAUAAUUUUGCUUAAUGUCUGCUUAAAUGUGCAGUGUGACGUGUUGGAACGUGUGUGUGUGUGUGUGUGUGUGAUAUAAAGAGUACAUUGAGAAUUGUUUUCCUGUAACACCACAAAUUUGAACACGAUUUUCAGAAGACGUCAUUAAAUAAAAACUAUUUUUAAAUGAA